AUGUCUCUUCCAGUAACUCAUCUAUCUAUAGUUGAUUUAGAUGAGAAUGAUCCUUAUUAUAAUUUAUAUAAUGAUGUUCUUUUAGAAUACCAAACCCCACCUACCUUUUUAACAGAAAAUCAAGAUCAAUUAUUGUUUGAUUUAAACUCUUUAUCCCCAUGGCAACCCUCUCUUCCUUUGAUUUCUCUAAAUUAA